AUGUCUUGGCUCGCGAUCGGCCCAAGCCGUGUGGAAGGAAAAGGCCUCCAAACCGGGUUGGCCUGGGGCCUGACUGCAUGUGAGGAGCUGCUGAAGGAGGACGGUGGUAUGAGCUUCCAUUUGGGUUUAUGUGGAGAUCUUCGGCCCUUGACGCAGGUGCUGCAGCGUGUGGAGCUGCUCGAGCCGCGAUGGCUGCAGAAACGUCGCGAGAUCUUGGCCUACUUCACAGCGAGGGAGAGUGCCACGCGGCACCGGAUCUUUGACUUUCGCAUGGUGGGCAGCGGAACGUUCGAGGUUCGAAAAUACUCCUCCACGAUGGCCCUCUUGCGGAAGGUCUUGGAGCGGAAGGGCUUGGAGCUGAUCCCUCGCGAUGGCCCGCCGGUGAGCGAAAUGGAAGCGCUCAUGGAGUGGCUCUUCGGCCGUGGGCAGCUGUGGGAAGCCUGUCCAGAGAUGUAUUGGUGCCGCGACAUGGCGAUGCUCUUCAAGUUUCUGGGCACCAUGGAGCCGCGGAGCACCGAGCUGCUGCGCAAGCGCCGGGACACCAACGAGUACCAGUUUUGGCGUUUGACCUUUGAUGGGGACAUGGCCAGCCGCCCGGGCUUUGGCUGGCGACAGGACGUCCCAGCGAUCCAUUGGGAGGUGCAAGGUGUUCGAGGAGCUGAUCAGGACAUCGCAGACCUCACGGCCAACGCCUUCGGACGGGAGUUGACGCUGGGAGAAGGCUUAGUGGUUCAAAGCCCUGCCGAUGUGGGGAAGCUCCUAGAACGGCCGAACUGCACGGAGGAAGACGUGCUGCAUGCGGCACGCUUACCGACCUUCGAGGAGACUUUGAGCCCUGAUGAAGCAGAGGCCUUGAUGAGCUUUCUGACCGUCCCCUACUUGCAGCUCCCUCUGGUGCUGGACUUCUUUGCGUCUCAGGACCGGGCGGCUUAUCUCUUCAACCCCGAGCUCCAGCGGCUUCUGAGAGCUGUGCUCUUCGAACCGAGAGCCUAUCAGGAAGGUGCCAGCAGCUGCAGCCGUGUGCCUGCACGAGGGCAGCUAGAUGGUGAAGAGGAAGCAGAGAAGCUCUUCGGGACGCCGCUAGGAUUGCUGCUGAGUGACCUUUGCUACUCCCCACAGUCAAUUCUGGAGCCACUGCUGAAAAUCUUACAGAAGGCCGAGGAGUUGGGCCAUUUGGGGGACGUGAAGAGCUCCGAAGCGCCCUUUCUGCUCUUCAUGCUCGAGCUGGCGAGCGAUAUCCUUCGCUUCGUGGACUAUGCGGCGCAGCUGGCGCAGCCGUCCGACGCCGCGCGCGACGUGUUGCGGGAGGCCGCCGUGGCGUUGAGAGACUUCACGACGAAGAGUCGUGGCACGUUGGCGCGCUGGAGUUCCAAGUCGAAGGACUUGCCCACGACCUGUGCCGUGCACGGCCCCUUUGGAAAGCACGAGAUCCCUUCGCAGCGUUUUCGAUCUGGGUUAAGGGCUUUGUGGCUGGCAUGGAGGGCAGAUGGCCAUUCCACCAUUCCAUCAGACAAGGUUUGGUUGUUCUACCGUCUCGCCCUUGCCGCCAAAACUGGAACUGGAGUGUUGGGUGAAUUUCUUUGCAAUUCCUUGCCUGUGCAGCCGCCGGUCAGAACUCGGCAACGAGAUGUUUUUCCCUUGGCCCCGCUUGGUGGUAGCAUGCUGAAGCCUGUAGACAUGACAAGUGGCAGGUGGAGCGUGCUCCUCCAAUUCAUCAACGUGGUCAUUGGCAUUCUGAACUGGUUGCACGGCAUAAAGCAGACAGUGCCGACUGGCAAGCACACGUUCGCUCAACAAGCAGUUUUGAAAAACAUCGUGGAUCGCACAGUGUGGACACUCACACGCCUGCAACAUGCGCAAGAUGGCUGGGAGCGGUUUGUGCCAGAUUUUGUGCCAGGUUUCACUGCAGGUACAACUUCUUUCCAAGACUUGGUUGCUGACAGGGUGGACAACUUGCAAGCGGCUGGCUUAUGCGAUCCUUUGCCCCACUUGCCAGCCCAUGUGCGGGCCAGCUUGGCAACACCUGAAGGAAUCCUUGACAACAGCGAUGAUUCUUUGCGUGUUUUUGAAUCUUUCUCCUUAAGGGUCAUCUUCACAGUUGAACAGGCUGUUGCGGAAGGUCGCUUCUCUGGCGAUGGCUGGAAAUCUUCAGCUGCAUUUUAUCUUUGUCCCCUCCAGCGAAAAUCCAGCGGAUUUCCCUUCGCGUGGCAAGAAGAGGCGAGCGCGAAAGUGAAGCAGCUCUAG